AUGUACGAAACCACUAAGGCUGUAGUACUGAAGAGGAAGACCAAAAGACACUUGGAAAUCGAGACUUUGAGAACGCAGCGUACCGCUACCACUGCCACCAAUAAACGUUUAAGAGCCGAAAUUGAAAAUGAUGCUACCUCUUCCCAGUCCUCCCAGCAGUCUCAAUCGUCAUAUGAGCCAAAUAAAGAUGAGAUUGGUGACUUGGAACCCACGUGGAAUAUACGCGACUGUGAAAUUUGUGCUGUAUUAGCUGCUUUCCGAAAACAUUCUUUUGGCCUACAGCAUAAAUUUCGACCCGUAUUUAUAUUAGGAAAAAUGGCCAUAAAACAGUCAUCUUCUUAUUUGACGGUAACGAUGACAGCGGCGGCACAUCGUUUCCGCCUGUUCAAUCGGAGCUUCCCCCCGAGGAGUGAUAGUUCUGAAGCACAUGGGGCGAUCAUAAUCUUAGAGUUUGCUGCAAGAUUCUUUACCGUGUGUAAACUUCAAACGUACACAAAAAGGGUCAAUUUAAAAGCUGUGGAUGAAUCAAUGUAUAUCAACCUGUCAAUCAAUCCAUUGAUAGACGUGAUCUUUGAUUACAACUCAGAAUUAUUGAAUAUUGGUAUUGAUUUUCCGAUGGUGUUCGGUAUCUUAGUUUACGGUUUAGCCUGGCGUGAAAAAAGACAUUUCCACGUGGCGUAA